UUUAUGGCGGGGAAAUCCGUGAGCUUCAGCUCUGGAUGUAAUCUCUGCGACUCCCACUUGGAGUCGCUGGUGAGAUGGCUGAGCUGCAAUGGGGAGAUCUGGGGGGUUGGGCCGACGGCGGUUUUCGCCAGCGCCGCCGCCCUGUUCCUGUACCACGAGCUGGAGUCAACCGUCUUCAUCCACGGAGACCAUGUUCAGGUGUCUUCGAUGGAGAAGACGCUGAUUUCUACCAUGGUGCUUGGCAUGCUGGCGCUGAUGAUCCACCUGUGGGUGUGCUCCAUGCGAUUCUUCCAGUACUACCUGGACACACUCAUUAGGGACAGCCCCAACAUCCUCCUGGAAAUGACCACAGCGGGUCUGCUCGGCGGCCAGGAGGUGGUGCCCCUGGGUCCCCUGACCAAGUUCCUCAAGACCCAACAACCCCAGAUCCACAUCACCGUCUGCUGGUUCUUGUCGCUGUGCUACGCUGACUACGUGAGGAAACAUUACUGCACGAGAUUCAAUAUGCCGUAUUUGGAGCAGUGGCAAGCGGAGUUGCACGAGCGAGCGUCGGUGAGCGUACGCCGCACCAUGCGGAGGGUGCACAGCUUCGUCGCAUGCGCACAGCAACGGUUGCGAGGUUACGCGCAGCCCGCGCCGACGCCGAGUCUAAUCAGUGAAAUGCAGACGUACGCUAGUUUGCUAGUUUAUAGUGAGGUCCCGACUCCAAAGAGACCGUCGCUGGAAGUCAGUCGGGCCGGGAGCCACGUGUCCUGGGGAGAGGUGGGCUGCGGGAACGAGAAGGAACACCUGUGCGAAAGAGACAGCAACAUGUGUGCAAGGCUUGUCAGUCAGUCGAGCGAGACAACUGCUGACGCUAUUGAGAAACUUAGAACCUACAUCAAUGCAACACGUUGUACCUGUUCGAGUGUGGAAAUCCCCGGCCUGUGUGGAGCUGAGAAUAAGUGCACAAAAAACAAGCAGUCACAGAAUGUUGACGCCCAUAUCUAG